AAAUCAAAAGCUGUUAUAUUCUUCAAAACAAAAUCAAGAUUAUUUUAUUAAUUUUUUACUUUCCAGACGUUAUUUUCUAUACCUGUAUGUGAAAAUGACGUAGACCUACUAAACAUUUCCGAAAAUGUAAAAUAAUUACUAUUCAUAGGUUUUACCUUGAAUGUUUAAUAUAAGGUAAUUAUAAGAAAGGUAAAUAUGAUUUUCUGGUGGACAGCAAAAAGAACUAUUCUCAACAACAAUUUGAGAUUAAUCCAUCCUACAAUAAGAUAUAACAAGAGGAAGUCCAUCUAUAAAACAGAGGAAGCAAAGAAACUCCGAUUCUAUUUCCUGACGCGAUAUUUAGAUUACUUGAAGAACUAUGAACAGAUUGUGGAAAAGAGGUUCACUGGGGCUAUACAAGUCUACAAAGUAUUUAUGGAGGGAGUCAAAGACUUCAUGAGCGAUUCCAAAGACUAUUUCAGAAUCAUUAGAAUCUUGAAUUCCCCAGGAGUUCCAGGGACAAAGUUUGAGAAGUUACUGAGAAGAGAAAUUGAGCUUUACCAACAAAUGCCCAAAGACAUGAGAAAAGUAGCUCCUGUUCUCCUUAUAUCUGCUUUACCACUGGGACCCUAUGUUAUCCUACCCCUAGCUUACAUGUUGCCCAGAUAUUUGCUGUGCUCACAUUUUUGGACAUUGCAACAAAAAUCAGAUUUUGAUGUGCUCAAUCUCAGAGACAGGUUGCACCACAACAGACCUGUGUUUAGGCAUCUACAAAGUCAGCUCAGUUUUCUGAAACCACACUGUCUCUUUGAUCCUUGGAGUAGGAUUCUUGGUGUGAUAGGUAGUGGAUCACAACCAUGUGUCAAAGAAAUCAUACAGUGUAAGGAUCUGUUCAUGGCUGAACCAUACCACCUCUUUUACCUCAGUAGAAGUCAUGUAAUACACCUUCUAAAAUUGCAUGAUAUGCACAGAGGUUGGUUCAGAAGAACAAGACUUGCAGAAAGGGCUUAUAUUCUGAGAGAAAUGGAUAAAGCAAUAAUGAGAGAAGGUGGAGUACACAAUUUACCCUUACCAGCACUCAAGAAAUCAUGUUCUCUAAGAGGUUUAAAUCCAGCUAAUAUGCAGACAGAAGAAAUGGUGAAAUGGUUAACAGAUUGGAUACAACUAUCCAACAAUACUGACAAAGAGAGCUAUUCCCUUUUACUUCAUGGGCCAAUUUUACUAGGGUACAAUUCACCUUCAAAUUGGAAAUUAAUUUAUAAGGACAAAUAAUAACUGAUUUGAAAAGUUUAGAAUUUUAUGAAAUGUUCUAUGGGUGAUGGUGAUACUUUUGCCUUGCAUCAUGACUGACUUUUCUUGAAUAGCUUCAAUUCCUCUGUGAAACAAGAACCAUGACUUCAUUGCAAAAAAAUAUUUUUUGGAUUUUGUUGGAAGAUAUCUACCACAAGCUGUAAAUAUGUCAGUUUUUUUUUUCCAAUUUGAGAAACAUUUUCUACACAUUCUUUUCAAAACGAGCAACCCAAGUAUCAACUUGUGAUCUGAAUUCCGGAAUGCAAUACAAAUAUGCCAUCAAAAAAAUAUAUAUGCUUUGCUAGAUGUUGAAGAAAUUCACAUCUGAACCAUUUUUUUAGUAUUUUGAACUAGAGUUACAGCUUACAGAGUUUUUUAUUGGACAUCCUGUAAAUAUUUCUCAGAAAUGAUUAAGUUUUUAUGUACCUAGUUGUCUUGUGAUAAUUUGUUAUUGUUUGGUUUUUAACUUUAAGAGUUUAAAUAAAACAUAAUUUUC